CAAUUGUGGCCACGAAAACAGGAUCCAAUUUUAACUCACCUCCAUUGUACACUGUUUGGAGGAUUUUCGGUGACUCGGGAUCUUUCCGGAGAGGAUUGGAAGUUAUGGAGUGGAGCCACGGGGGAUUGACGUUGUGUAUUCUAUUUAGUGUUCUGGGCACUGUUUCUUUAAGCAGUGAGGGGAGAGUGCUGUCCAGGAGGAGACGUUACGUCGUUUUUCCGGAAGGUUCGAGCUUCUCCGUUGCCUUGUGCAUGACGAUUCACACAUUGACCCCUGAUAAUAUUUUCACGGAGGGUCUCAAUUGGGGCAUCUCCUAUGAUUUACCCAAUGAGAGUAAACCAGCACUUGAACCAUUUCUCCAGUUACGCAAGGAUCGACCAAUUCCUGAGAAGUACCACUCUCAAGUAAGCAAGCAUCGUAACAUCAAAAACGAGAAUUCACUCAACUACAACAAUUGGUACAAGAGCACUGACAAUAGGUACUACAAUCUCGAUUACGGUAAAAAGUACUAUUAUCGGAAAUCGGAUUACGACUACAUUAAACGACGACAUCGUCGAGAGCUCUACAACAAGUUGGAGGUGAUCAUGAACGCGAUGGGUUUUCAAGGACGAACGUGUGUUUUGCGCGCCCUCUGCGAAGCUUCACAGCGUCUGAUGCCAAAAGGGGCGACUCUGGUGGAGGAAAUGAUGCGGAUUGUCUUCUCGCUACCGCUGAAGAGGAUGUUGCUGUCCCACGAGCCGUUGGAACACCACACAUACACAGAGGCUCAUCGUGCUGGCCACAGGGGCACCAGGUGCGAUGCCAUGUUCACGGGUUGUCCCUUCUCACUCAUAGACAUGGCCCUUGGGAAGUACAGCAGCGAGACUCUCUAUGGAUCUCCACCUGACCUACCAGAACCUGCAGAGGAGUCUGAAAAUUCGGUGAUGAGAUAA